AUGGCGGUGCCUGAAGCCACUGAUCUGGUUUCCAAGAACCUCCUGACCAAAAUUGAUAGGCUUCGAGAGACAAAUGUCGGUGCAAUCAUUCCAUUGCCUCAGCUCAUUGUCGUUGGCGAUCAAUCAUCCGGGAAGAGUUCCGUCCUCGAGAGCGUGACUGGCUUCUCGUUUCCCCGUGCGGCUGGUCUGUGCACUCGCUAUGCUACUCAAAUCACUUGCGUCCGAGAGGCCGAAAGAAGGGUCUCAGUCUCAAUUAUCCCUCGCCCAGACGCGGAAGGUCCCCUAAAAGAACGUCUUCUAAAGUUCAAUCGGCAGCUUAGCCAGAUGAACAAUGAGGAGCUUGCCAAGGUCUUUGAAGAAGCCAACAUCGCUAUGGGAAUUCGUAUGGACACGGUUGACAAGUCCAGCGACUUUUCUGCAUUCAGCCAAGACAUCUUGAAGAUCGAAAUUAAUGGGCCAGAUCAAGUUCAUCUCACUGUCAUUGACGUGCCCGGAAUAUUCAGAGUUCCGACUCCUGGCUUAACGGCUGAGAGCGAUGUUGUCCUCGUUCGAAAUAUUGUUAAGGGUUAUAUGGAGAAUAGACGAACCAUUAUUCUUGCUGUCAUGCCUUGCAACGUCGACAUUGCGACACAAGAAAUUCUCAAGCUCGCUGAGGAAGCCGACCCUGACGGCAUUAGAACGAUGGGCGUCUUAACGAAACCGGACCUCGCAACCGAGAAAGCGACCCAAGAUGCUGUGAUCGACCUCGUCAAGGGCAAACGGAAUAAUUUGAAGCUCGGGUACUGUGUAGUCAAAAACCGGAGUGCAGACGACAAUACAUCUAAUAUGUCGGACCGCCUCGCUGCCGAGCAGUUGUUCUUUAUGGCACCUCCUUGGUCCUCCGUUGCCGAUCGAUGUGGUGUCCCCUCUCUCCAGCUUAGGUUACGAGAGUUGCUUAUGGAGAUAUCUAAACGCGAACUGCCGAAUGUAAAGUCCGAGAUCGAAAAACGCAAGCGUGAAUGUGUGGCAAAACUUGCAGCAAUGGGCGAGCCCAGGGCUGACGAUAACUCCCAACGUCAGUAUCUCGUGAAGAUCGCCUCGCGCAUGCAAGAUAUCACUAAGAGUGCUUUAAACGGAUAUUACGCGGGCGAAGCACUUUUCAAGAAAAAACCCGGUUUCAAGCUAAUUACCAAGAUUCUCAAGUUAAAUGAAGCCUUCUCUAACGAAUUCUGGAAAAGAGGCCACUACCAACACUUCGGAUCUAAGUGGGAUGAAGAGGGAGAGAAUAUGCUAGGGAAUGAUGCUGAAACUUUCCCUUUCGAUACAGCCUUUAGUCUCUAUCAGGAAUUAGCAGAUAUCAUUGUCACCGAUUUUGAACGCCCAAAAGCUUUGAAGGGACCGAUGACACCGCUCAUACAAGAGGUCUACGAUUCUAGCCGCGGACCGGAGCUUGGCACGUUCAAUGGGACCGUCCUUGCGGAUGUUUUUGAUACCACAACGCAAAAAAGGGAAGGGCUCGUAGUAACCCAUACAAGCAAAGCCAUUGUACUCGUUCACGAUUAUAUCUACAAUCUUCUUCAUGAGCUUUGCCCGGACCCCGCUGUCAUGGAUCAGCUAUGGGACAACAUUCUCGUGGAGGAGCUUUGUGAGAGAUACCGCCGGGCGAUGGAGAUGGCGCGAUUUCUUUUGGAGAUCGAACGCUCUCGUCCGCCCCUUACUUACAACCAUUACUUCAACGCAACUCUGCAGAAGAAACGUCAAGAGAGGAUGGCUGAAUCCUUGCAAAGUCUAGCUAUUCACUUCCAUCACGAUAACAGAGCUUUUGUCCCCCUUGAGCAGAUUGGAAAGCAUGCUGUCAAUAUGGACAACACCCAGCAAGUGUGUGAAGACAUACUUGACACGCUCGAGAGCUACUACAAGGUCGCUCAAAAGCGCUUCGUUGAUACGAUAUGCCAGCACGUCGUGGACUACAUGCUCCUGGGGGGUCCAGAGAGUCCACUCAAGGUUCUCUGCGCUGACAGGGUGCUAAAGCUCAGCUCUGAGCAGCUGGAAAUAAUCGCCGGGGAGGAUACUGCAUCAAAAAACCAACGCCAGGUUCUCACGCGAGAAUUGGAGAGCCUUCAAAAAGCUGCGCAGGUACUGCGUAGCUGA